UGCGAGUCAUUUCAGAUCCGUGGUUGGUUCGGAGUCUCAAGUUCUCGCUUCUCCCCCUGAGGAAGACGAAACGCUGCUCAAGGCCAUACCUCUGAUUCCCCAAAAGAAUAAACUUUCUGAUAAAAUUCUCCCUCUCCCACCUCCUCUCGAAAAAAGAAGUUGCCUCUCUGAUCGAUCCGUCUCGCCCCCCCGAUCGUGCUGGCUUUUUCCGCGAAGAUUUUGACCGCUUCUACGAGGAUUUCCGCCCUGGAAAUGGUGAUCUCGGCUUGUUUCCGAUCGAAUCCCUGGGAUUCAACCACGGUGGAUGAUAUCAGCGUCUUUGCGAGCAUUCUUCCCUUCUUCCGAUAAACCGGUCUUCUUUUGUGGGGUUUGUUUGAAGAGGAGGAGAAAAGGUGCUUUGAUUUGGAUUUGCUGGUUGUUGUUGGUAAUCAGUGUUUAGAUGGAGGUGUGACUCAAAUCCGCUGUGAUUUACCCUCAGAUCUAGACUCGAAACGUGAUUUUGCACGGUUUUACUGUAGCUGAACGAAAGGUCACUGGAUUAGAUCGGGGGAAAAAAAAAAGAAAUUCCCCCUUUGGAUCUUGGUGGUUUUGGGAUUUUGAGAUGGAGACACUGGUUGUUGUUGCUCAGCAUCGGAAUCAAUAUUGCACCAGGGCCAAAUCUCAGAUGUCCGAUAGGUUCGGCGCUUCUCCUUCCGGAGGCUUCAAAGGGAUCAAUUGCCGGACUUUCCAGUCCGGUGCCGGUAUUUGGCCGCCUCCACCCUCGUUUUCCAGCGCCUCCGAGCCGAGAUCGCCGUGCUUUUACUCUGAACCAUCCAAACAAAGUAGAAGAAGCAAACCCAUUCUGAUAAGUCCUUCACCACCUCCAAAAGGAGCAAGCUUCCAUGAUGAACUCUCUUACUCUGAGCUCUGGGCAGGGCCAGCAUACUCAAAUUCACCCCCUCCGAGUUCUCUACCCAUCCCAAAAUUUUCCCUUCGCCAGAAACGAAGCAUCUCUCUUGAAUUGCCAGGUCCUCCGUCUGAAAUCACUCUCCAUCCGUUGUCCAAGUCGGCACCUUCUUCUCCCACCAGAAAAUCUGGUUCAUCUGACGAUGACUUCUUUCUCAGCACCACCGCAGCUACGGAGAAUUUGAGACGGAUUCUCCAUUUGGAUAUCGCUGAUGACUGAAUCUGAUGGAGGACUUGGGGGGUCCUGUAAAUAUCUGCCGUGCUGAUGUUGGCUUUCGUUGUUUGUUUACUUUUAUAGGGUAGUGAAUAACUUUCUGGAUAGUGUCUUUAGAGGAAGAUAAUUUAGAAAUCUCUGGUUGGAGAUGAAGAAAAGCGAGGCUGUCUAUGGCAGUAAUCAAAUAUGAUUUGGCAUUUGGGAAGGUAGGCGUUGGAGGAAGGCUGGGAAGAAGUGGAGUGGUGAUGAGUUCAGUUACUGGUUGGAUUAUGAAGCUAAUCGGAUUUAUUGGGACUGAAUGGCUAAGCACUACUCUUACUUCAGUGCUGCCUGUUAUCUGGGUGGUUCUUUAUUCUCUGGGUUGACUCUUUUAGCUUUCUCUCUCUUGACUGGUUAUAGCGUCUGGUUAGGUAAGUUCAAUUUAGAUGCUGUCCUUUUCUCUUUUUAUAGGCAUGCUGUAUAUGCUUUAGGUUCUGGGCUACAAAUUACAUAGAUGACUCAUGUUUUUGAACUUUAAGUUGUGUCUGUAGGUUAUCUGCUUCUCUGUUCUCUAAAAGCCUGCAUUCUCUAGAGAUAUUUCACUUGCUGUUUAACAUUUGGAGUUUCGAUCUUUUCUCUACUUUUGUUUGUCUAACUUCUGACAUACUCUGGUCCUUUAGAGUUCGCCUCAUCACUUCUUCUGGUUUUUUGGAGGAAGAAGUUGGGAGGAGAACUAGAAGGAUAACUCCUCUAUCCCUUCUGCCCCUUGUUUGUCUAUCUCAAUGCGCGCAGGUUUAAGGUGUUGUUUGUUUAGCAUGCUAUCUGUAUGUGUUAAGUUCCAUUAGGUUGUCUUCAUAUCUUUAGUAGUGGGUGCCGAGUCUGGUGGUAUAGUCUGGUCUUACAUAUCAUAUAAGUUGUCCACAAGUUCAAAAGUUGUUUAGCGAAAUAUAGCGUCCAGGAGAAGUAGAUGAACGGUAUCCAUGGGAGGCAUCUGAACUUGUGAUCUGCAACAAGUUAUAUCUUGGUAUGGCGUUGAGGAACUUGCUGACAUCUCUACAGACGGUUUAUUCAGCGCAGACGGUUUAAUUCGCCAAAGCUGGUUCUUUCUACAAGUCUCAUGUUAUAUGAUCGUAACUUGAUGCAUCCGUUCGAAAUUGCGAAUUAUAUAUUAUUGAUCAGGACAGAACGUCCUUGUAUCUGAAAACGAACGUUUCAGGUUUAAUGUUCAAGACAUCGUCAAAAGAAAUGGUGCCCUUGAUCCUUGAGUUUUUAAUUGAGGCAUUGCUUCAUCCAUGGUGUAUUGCUUCAACUAUUCACUUAGCCACAUGUAAAGCAGGCAGUAAAUUUGCGUGAUUGGUUCAUCUGAAGCAUAAUAUACCCUAUGACCAGAUAUGUGUUGGGCAUAGACAUUUAAAAUAUAAGAACUGGUCUGGAUGGUUUAGGGUGAUGGAUAAGAUCCCAAACACCUACCGUCGUGUUAUCACAUCAAUCCCCCGAAUCAUGCUUGGGAGACUGAUUCAUGAGGAGCAAUCAAUCUUAUAAAAUGCUCUUCCAAUGUUGUAGAAGGGAGGCAUUGCAAUCACAGUAAGUUAGCAAUCUAAACUUUUAGAUUAAAA